GGGCCUGUCGUACAGGUGGUGCUGUGCGGAGUGGUUCAGCGCAAAGGCCGGCCUCAGCAAAGAGUGGGACGCCAGGCUGGAGGCCGCAGCUGGGCAUCACCCAUCGCAGGCGUUGCAGCUGGAAGAGGGGCCGCCUCCCAGUGUGCUGCAGCAGGUGGUCGAGCACAGCCGGCGUGGCCGCGCCACCCUCCAACACGGCGGCGGCGCUGAGGGAGCUCGUGCAGGCGGAGGCGUGCAGGAAGGGGCAGCGGCGGUGGAGGCCAUGGCCAGCUGCACGAACGAGGUCGCUGUCGAGGCGCCAAACCAAGGUGCCGCGGCGGCGGCGGGCACCAGCGCAGUGCUCGGCUCUGGGCUCGAAGAUCCUGGGGUUUCUCCAGCACCGCUGCCGGCUCCGACAGAGUACAGCCUGGCCAUUCUGACAGGCGACCGCCCAGGCGCCGGCCUGGGCAAGCCCGUGCUGCUCGAGCUCACAGGGACGCUCCGCAGCUGCAGCUUCUCGCUGCCUGCCAGUGACGCAGAGGGGGGACAGGAGCAGCCCGAUACCCGCGUGCUGGACGAGUUUGACCUCCUCAUGCCGGAGCUAGGCCAGCUGGUAGAGCUGCGCCUGUGGACAGAGGCGGCGGCCGGCGCCGGCAGCAGCGGCAACGGCGGCGGCGACGCAGCAUCGGCAGGCGACCCUGGCGUGGGUGGCGCGUGGUACCUGUGGACUGUGGAGGUGGCGCACGGGGGCAGCGGUUGCAGGUGGCUUUUCGAGCUUGACACAUGGGUGCACGGUGGCCGCGAGCACGCCGUCACAGCACCGGCGCAGUUGGUGGCAGGCACAUUACCUGAGAAUUGGGCGUCCUCUCUGCCACCGUCCGGCUCUUCGCCGCCUCCCGGCUCCCUGGCACCGCCUGGCCGUCAGGAGGGGCGCGAAGGGAUGGGGCCAACAUCUCGCCAGCCCUUGGACGGCCUUCAGGGGCGGCAGCGCAGCAAGGAGGAGCGUGCGGAGGGGCCAUGGCCGUCACGCGCCCGCCAAUCAGCGGGCUAG